GUUCAUCCAUGUCUCCACAUCACCACAGAGGUCCAGUGCAUUACAGCGGAUGUUGGUGCGAUUCCUUGGACAGCUAAGUGGGAAUUUGCGGAAUGUUAUCGGAACGCCCAGGGUGGAACAUGCUAUAACCACCUGCCUGCCCUUCAAAAUGAUGGCCUCGGUGGUUGUCGGGGGCAACCGGAAGAGGUCUCUGACGCUGAGAGGAGUGGACUCGGAGACCUGCAUGAUCGUGUUUAAAAACCACUGGGCUCAGGUGGUGAAGAUCUUGGAGAAACAUGAGCCCGGUCGUAGCGGCAGCGGGGCCUUGAGUUUCCUGUCGGCUCCUGUCAGCGGCGGACCGCUGCGUCUGGGCCCCAUCCCUCCUGAUGAGGCCAGCGCUGUGCAGAACUACGUAGAACACAUGCUGUUCCUGUUGAUGGAGGAAGAGGCGGGACAAGGAGGUGCGAUGGGUCCCAUCUUGGAGUUCGUGGUGCUGGAGGGUGUGAUGGAGCGUCUGUUCCUGUGGAGCCUGAGGAGACAGUUCACUGAAGACAUGAAGCUGGAGCAGCUCAGGAUGUAUCAGAUGCUGUUAUCUCAGGCCAGACAGCCUCUGCUGCACCACAAACCUGUCCUCAGACCACUCAUGAUGCUGCUGGCCUCCUGCGCUGGAGCUGGAGGCGGAGCCGGUGCAGACAGCGGUGGUGAGGUGGAGGCGGAGCUGGUCCUGCUGCUGAACCAGCUGUGUGUGGCCCUGGUCAAAGAUCCGUCAGUCCUGGAGCUGUUCUUCCACACCAGCCAGGACCAGGGAGCUGCCAACUUCCUGCUCUUCUCUUUGCUGAUACCGUACACACACAGACAGGGUUCAGUGGGUCAACAGGCCAGAGACGCUCUGCUGCUCAUCAUGUCUCUGUCAGCGUCGGAGCCUCGAGUCGCUCAGCACAUCGCCCAGAACACAUACUUCUGUCCUGUGUUGGCCACAGGUCUGUCAGGUCUGUACUCGUCUCUUCCUGCCAAGUUACAGGUUUACAGCGAAGACUGGCACUGUCUGGACCAGGCCGACUGGCAGCAGGUCCCGGCUCUGGUCCACUUCCUGCACUCACUGGACUUCUGUAGCGCUGUUACCAAGGUCACUCAUCCCUCCAUCCGCUCUCAGCUGCUGGGUUACAUCUACAACGGGUUCCUGGUGCCUGUGAUGGCUCCUGCUCUGCACAAGCUGACGGUGGAGGAGGUGAUGACCACCACGGCCUACCUGGACCUGUUCCUGCGCUCCAUCACAGAAACCGGCUCUGCUCCAGACCUUCCUGUCCUUCAUCCUGCUGCACACACAUGACAACGUGCACAUCCUGUACACGCUGGUCAGCAGAGUCAACACACCUUUCCAGCUGGGUACGGUGUCUCUGGCUCUGUUCAGGACUCUGAUCGGCCUCUUCUGUGAAGACGUCAUGCUGCAGCUGGUGUUCAGGUCAGUCCAGC